ACCUGUAGGAAGUGCUCGUUGUUAUAAUAGCCGGUGUCCGGUUUCAUUCUUGCUUCUAAACUUCAGCAUAAAUGAAGCUAUGGUUAUUAUGGCGCAAGUCUUUCUUGUGUGUGAGUGGCGUACUGUCCGGUGUCUGAAUAACUAGAGGGUAUCAUUAACCCGAAGACAGAAAUCCCGGCGCAUCAUUUGUAAACCACUCCCUCUCUAACAUCCUAGAGUACAACUGCACUCAUAUAACACCUACCUAAAACAUAAGGUCAGUAACGAAUUCAUUAAACUUGUUUCAUCUUGGUACCUCUCUGUUGCUAGUUUGAGGAAGCCCAGCCCAUCUGGAGCAGCAAAUGGUUGAACUCAGCAGGGGAGCAAAGCUGGAAGGCUGCAACCGGAGUCUCUGGAGCAACGCAACAGACGAGAGCUGCAAGAGCAACACUUUUCUUAGCAGCACUGCAAACCACUUUUGGGGCUGUCUGUCCAAAGAAUUUCACUUUCAGCACUUCACGUCUGCUGGAAGUCAAGAAGCAGCUGCUGUUUUUCCGAUGCUACUUUUAGAGCAAAACUUUUUAUGCGCACUGCACCCCAAGUUGGAAUAAUGGUGUCUGAAAGUGCCAAGGCUCGCCAGCUGGGUGUCCCUGCAACCCUGGGUUCAGCAGAUUACUGGUCAAAGAAAGCCUACAAAAACUAAAGGUGCGUCUGGUUUGGAAUUGCUAGGAACGGUUAAAGGGAAUCGCAAAGUUGUGGACUUCUUGACAACAGUGCUGCUUUGAAUAGCAGGAGCUGCAGCGUAUCUCCAUUUCUGAAUGAUUUCAUGAUUUAGUCGCACAUUUCUUGAGUCUUAUGAGACUCUUGAAGUACAUAGGUUGCAGGUUUCGCUGAAUCUGGAGAGAUUUCUUGAGGGAGAGAGGUCGCACCCACUGAUCGGAUUGCUGCAAGUCUGCAGAUGGUUACAUCACUUUAAAGCCAGGCUUCACUUACUAAAGUAUGAAAAUCUGAGAUGGAAGCAUCAACACAGGGUGCAACGACUGCAGACCGAAAGGAUGCAAAAGGCACAUUGGAGGGAAAUGGCUUCACAGAAGCAGGAAAAAAGACAGGGGGUCACAGUUCUCUGCGAGCCCCGCAACACAUUUUUCCAGCAUUCCACCCACCUUUACCUAUUGAUAUGCGCCACCAUGAGGGACGAUACCAUUAUGAACCACAUUCAGUUCAUGCUAUUCAUGGGCCUCCAGCUCUGACCGGCAGCCCUGUUAUAUCUGACAUCUCCCUUAUUCGGCUUUCACCUCAUCCAGCAGGCACUGGGGAGUCAGCUUUCAGCCCUCACCAUCCAUACAUCAGCCCUCACAUGGAACACUAUCUACGUACUGUGCACAGCAGCCCCACCCUUUCCAUGAUCUCUGCGGCCAGAGGUCUGAGCCCUGUUGAGAUAGCACAUGAGCAUUUGAAGGAAAGAAGCCUCUUUGGACUGCCUCCCCCUCCCCCUCCAGGAGCCAACCCUGCCGACUUCUAUCACCAGAUGACAUUAAUGGCGAGCCAUCGUAGCCCUUAUGGGGACAUCCUUGCACAAACUGGGGGUGCAGGUUGUGGUGUGCAUCUCCCAGACUACCUCAGCCCUGUUGAUGUGUCGCGAUUUUCAAGUCCAAGGGUCACCCCCAGGUUAAGCCGAAAACGAGCCCUCUCCAUUUCUCCCCUCUCUGAUGCCAGCAUUGACCUACAAACGAUGAUCAGAACCUCUCCAAACUCUCUUGUGGCAUAUAUUAAUAAUUCUAGAAGCAGUUCUGCAGGCAGCGGCUCGUAUGGACACUUAUCUGCUGGUGCAAUCAGUCCAGCAUUCAGCUUUCCCCAUCCCUUGAAUCCAGUGGCAUACCAACAAAUUCUUAAUCAGCAGCGGGGAUUAGGUUCUGCAUUUGGGCACACACCUCCAGUCAUCCAGCCAUCGCCUACAUUUCCACCACGUCAGCAUAUAAAUAGUAUUGCAGUCAAUCCAGUUCACUCUCAGAACAACCAUAAUGACAGCAGGGCUGAUGCAAAUCAGAACAAGCACAGCAGUGAAUCAGCGGUGAGCAGCACUGUGAAUCCAGUCAUUAACAAACGCACAAAGGUCAAAACUGAAGAGGACAGCUUUAGACCUGACUCUCCAUCAGACCUGCAGAGCCACCUGACAGACAUUAAAGAAGAUUUAGACAAAGAUGAGUGCAAGCAGGAGCCUGAAGUCAUAUAUGAAACCAACUGCCACUGGGAGGGCUGCACCAAGGAAUAUGACACCCAGGAACAACUUGUUCAUCACAUUAAUAAUGACCAUAUCCAUGGUGAGAAGAAGGAAUUUGUCUGUCGCUGGUUGGAGUGUACCAGAGAUCAGAAGCCAUUCAAGGCUCAGUAUAUGUUGGUGGUUCACAUGAGAAGGCAUACUGGGGAAAAGCCACACAAGUGUACAUUUGAGGGUUGCACUAAAGCCUAUUCUCGACUUGAAAACUUGAAGACUCAUUUACGUUCUCACACAGGGGAGAAGCCAUAUGUGUGUGAACAUGAGGGUUGCAACAAAGCCUUUUCAAAUGCCUCAGACCGUGCCAAACACCAAAACAGGACUCAUUCCAAUGAGAAGCCCUAUAUUUGUAAAAUACCUGGCUGUACAAAACGAUACACAGACCCUAGCUCACUCAGGAAGCAUGUCAAAACUGUACAUGGACCAGAAGCACAUGUGACUAAAAAGCAACGAAACGAUGUCUAUACCAGGCCUCCACCGGCAAAGGAAAAUGGUGAUAAUGAAGCCAGUGUGAAGCAAAACAGCAGGGCACUUGAUGAGAAUGCAGAAGCUAACGGCACAGCUCGAGGCAUGGAUGACCGUCUCCAAGUCAAGUCCAUUAAAACUGAAAAUAAUGUGAUGUAUCAGUCCAGUCCUGGCGGCCUGUCCUCAUGCAGCAGCGAACCAUCACCGCUUGGUAGCACAACCAACAAUGACAGUGGAGUGGAAAUGAACAUGAACAGCGGAGGAAGUCUGGGAGAUCUUACAGGAUUUGAUGACGCUCCUACUGUGGACUCGACAGUACAUUCUGGAACAUCAGCAGUUGGUCUUCUGCUAAGAAAAAACAUGGUUGCAGUCCAAAAACUUGAACAGCUCAAGAAAGAAAAACUGAUAACAGUCAGGGAUUCCUGCUCAUGGGCAAAUUCAACUCCUCAACACAGAAAUGUUAAGCUGCCUCCCAUACCAGGAAAUGAAUCUAUACUUGACAGUUUGAGCACCAGUGGUUCCACUGCUCUAGUGCCAAAUCCAAGAAUGACGGAGCUGUCCACCAAUGACAUUGCAUUAUUAAACCAGCUUAAUGAGAGACGUGAUAGUGCAACAAGUUCCAUCAGUUCAGCAUAUACGGUAAGCCGAAGAUCUUCGGGGAUUUCACCCUUCUUUUGUAGCCGUCGUUCCAGUGAAGCCUCACAAUUUGGUGGUCGCCCAAAUAAUGUCAGUUCUGCUGACUCUUAUGAUCCAAUUUCAACAGAUGCCUCGCGAAGAUCAAGUGAGGCUAGUCAAUGUGGGGGAAUAUCAAGUCUUCUAAACCUUACCCCUGCUCAACACUAUCGACUGAAAGCAAAGUACGCUGCUGCCACUGGUGGGCCUCCACCAACACCACUUCCUAAUAUGGAAAGGAUGAGUUUAAAAGCUCGUGUUUCUCUUCUUGGUGAUAAGUCUGACCCUCUAAUAGCACCAUUUCCACCUCCUGUAGGCCCACGGCGCUGGAGUGAUGGCGCCAGCUGUAUGCUUGGAACAACAUCAGUGUGGCCUCAUGAAGUUCAAGGCAACAAUAAUAGGAGAGCAAGUGAUCCUGUUAGGAGGCCUGUUGUUGACCCACUAUCUUUUCCUAGAGUUCAGCGUUUUAAUAGUACAAACACCAUGAAUCCAUGCCAUCCAGUGUCAUUGGAAAGAAGAAACAUUUUCACAAGCUCAGACAAUCCCCUCCCUAGAUAUGGAUAUUCACCCCAUCCUCCAAGUAUUAGUGAAAAUGUUGCAGUGGAAGCAGUGCCUAGUGAGCUAGAGAGCCAAGGUGCUGAGGAUGACAUUGUUUUGCCUGAUGAUGUGGUGCAGUAUUUGAAGUCACAGAGUCAUGGAAUGCAGAUGAACAACAGUAACACACAGUAUAACCCUGCAGUACACAUCUUCCAGGAAAAUGUUAAACCACAUAAUCAGAACGUCUAUAGCCAUCGCAGAAUGGCUGUGAUUGAUGCAAAUACGAAUCAUCCUGAUCAAACCUUAACAGAAUGUCAGUCAAAUGCUGGGGUCUCUCCUAAUAUUAAUAAAAACAACAUGCCUGUUCAGUGGAAUGAGGUCAGCUCUGGAACUGUUGAUAUUUCACCUAAUGAAGCUAAGCAGCCAUUUUCUCAGAACAGCCAAGUCAAUGCACAGCAAAAGCAACAUUUUGAUCAGUAUCAGCAUUUGAACCAGCAGUCCAUGCAAAUAUACCGCAAUAUGAAUUUAACUCCACAGACUUUCAUGCAAAAGAACAUGAAUGCAGAUGCAUUAAGAAUGUUUUACCUACAACAAAGACAGCAAAGUUUUAAACAGUCUGCUAAUGUAAAUCAGAAUUUGAGUGUACAGCAAGCAUAUUGUAAUGGUUUUCAAAUGUUAAGCCCAAAUACGGGCUCUAGAGAACUGAAUCAGCUUUCAUCUCCUUGCAGCAGUGUGGGCAUUAAUGCUGGACAAGCCCCUCAAGCAGAAGCUGUAAAUGGGUCAUCCCUAACAAUAAUUAAUCCUAUCAGUGGAAAUGCAGUGCAAAACCAAGGGUAUGAAGUAUCGGUUCAACAAAGUUAUGCACCUAAAGCUCAGCCUAGUUUAAACUCUAACAGUGCUAGUUAUGUACCUGAUCAAGACAUACUUUGUGCUUCAGAUACUCUAAUAAGGCAGCAGAAUGCUAACCAGUCUCAAGGAAAUGCACUGAGAACAGUGGCACAGAAUGUUAAUCACCGAACAUUACAACCUCAUCCUCCACACAUUCCGCCACCAAACAGGAGGAGCUGUGCUGCUUCUGACUUGGCUCAGUAUCAGGCUUACCCAAGGAGCUCCCAUUUUAUGCAUGGAAUGACUACGGUCCAUGAAUCUGCUGAAGCGAGUCCUAAAAGGCACGCUAACACGCUACCGGCAAAUUCUCAGCAAUGUACUGGCAACUCAAAGGACAGUAACGUCAUGUAUUACUCUGGUCAGAUUCAUAUGUUUGAGCACAAUACAAACUUUGGAAGUCAGAUGGACUGUGCAGUGCAGCAGCAGCAAAACAUAUCAAAUUUGAAACCAACGACCACACAUUCGCCUGGAGUGAAUCAGGUCUCUAGUACUGUGGAUCAGGCCACGGAGCCUGCUGUCAUUGAUUUUGAUGCUAUUAUUGGUGAUGGUGACCACUCAAGUUUGAUGUCUGGAACAUUGAGUCCUAGUAUUCUCCAAAAUCUCUCCCAGAAUUCCUCACGACUAACAACACCUCGAAACUCUUUGACUCUUCCGUCUGUGCCAGCUGGGGUAAGCAACAUGGCAAUUGGAGAUAUGAGCUCCAUGUUAUCUACCCUGGCUGAGGAAAGCAAAUUUCUGAAUAUGAUGUCUUAGCUAAAAGACAUGGAUAACUCAAUGGCAGAAGAAAUGUUAUGAAUGUAUUAUUUAGAAAAUACAUUAUCAGUGAAGACAUUUAUAUUAAAUGCUCAUUAAGUGCAUCAAAUUUUCAGUGAAAAACAUUGUCACUGGCUUGUCUGCACUAUAACAUACAAUACAAAGGGUAAUACCUAAUGGUGUGUUACUGAAAUGCCUGUGUCUGUGUUAUACGGACUGCAGAUAUACAUCAAGUUUGUCAAAACGGAAGACUAUGUGCAAACAAAUUUAGUUUUGCCAUACAUAUAGUACAAAUGUAUGCGUUUUGUAUGUUUUAUGAUCUGUAGUAUUGAACUUUUAUUUUAUGUCAUUGAAAUAAUUAUCUAAACUUUUAGGGGGAAGCACAAUGUAAGCUAUAUUUCCCUGUUAUAACAGAAGCCAUACUGUAAAUUCCAGCUCGAGAUUAAAUCAGUCAUUAAACAGCCCCAUAUAAGAUAUAGAAUAAUUCUUAAGCAAUAUUGGAAGUUUGUAUACAUACAUAAUUGUAAAUAUCUGCUUAAGACACAGCAGUAAUUGAUAAUGUAGCAUCAAGAAAGUGCCUUAUUUUGAUUUAUUUUCAUGUCAUGUAGUAAAGGCACUUCUGUAGAUGAAAUGAACAUAUUGUAAACUGCCAGCAUCAUAUGUAAAAAAAAAGUUAUAAAUGCAUAUUGUUUUGUUUAUAUAUAAAAGAUUUUCUUUGCAUUUAAGAAACAUGUACCACAUUGUUAUACAUUGUAAUAUACUCUUUUAUUUGGGUAUAAUGUAUGUAGUUUAAUUCGGUCACAAGAUGGAGUGCUGUUCUCAAAAACAGUAAUGUGCCAUUUCAUGUCAAAAAAAAAAAAUGUACAGCGUGAAACAAAUUCUUCACUUAUCUGGACUUCAUGGUACCUGUAUGCUGCAAAAAUAUAAUAAUGACUUUUCUCAGGCUUUAUAGGUUUAACUUCACAUAAUAUUUUAUUCCAAAAAAAAGCUGCUAUGAUGGCUCCUAUUCCAGAAAUGGGAUAUAUUGCUGUACAAUCUCAGCUCAGUGGGGCAGAAUGAUAAAGCCAUGACUGCAGCCCAGUAAAUUGGGAAUAGAUUAAUGACCUGAGCACAGGACAAGCCAACAGAGAGGUUAAGGGUUAAGUGAGUGAUGCAGACUUGCCCAUGCAAUAGAGACUGUCAGUCCAUCCACUCUGGGGACUUGUAAUGGAGAAUCAGAGAAUACACCAUGCAGCACUGAGUAUUCUACAUGCAUCAAACUGCCAGCCAAUGCCAUGUACUGUUACCAUGUUAAUACAUGUGUGGAAUUACACAUUAUUUCACAUCAUUUCAUAUUGGCUUGGCACAGCAGUCCCUGCAUCACUGCUGCAUGUGCACAGCAACAAUGUGAGUAAUGGGAGUUGGAGUCAAAGUUCAUAGCGCCAGUAUUACCUGGAUGAUGUCCCAGAAAGGAAGAGGUAUUGGUGGUUGGUAAACACUCACAAGAAAAAGAUAAAGUAAAC